CGGGGUUAACGGGUUAGAAACCUAAUGGGCGCUAAGUGAUUCGGGUUAACGGGUUUGAACCCUCGAACCCGGAUUUAUACUGUUCGUCUAGUUCUAGUAGUCUUCGUGUCACGCAGCUGAACCAACCGGCCGCCGCCGCCGCCGCCGCCGCCGGCAAUGUUCCGCCGCCUCCUCCUCCCCCUCCGGCGCUGCUUCUCCACCUCGACGUCCUCGAGCGCGACGCCAACCCUCUACUCGAGCGGCACCACCCCGGUGUCCAUCCUGUCCUGGGGCCGCGGCGCGUCGGGGCAGCUCGGCGGCGGCAAGGAGGAGCGCCGCCUCUACCCGUCCCCCGUCGCGCACCUCUCCCUCCCCGACCCCGCGCCGGUGCUCUCCCCCACGCCCGGACGCCUCCCUGACGCCGCCGCCGCGGGGACGGCAGCGGGGGGCGUGGAGGUGGGGAUCUCCUGCGGGCUGUUCCACUCCGCGGUCGUCGUCGACGGCGGCGCCUGGGUGUGGGGCAAGGGCGACGGGGGCCGCCUCGGCCUCGGGGACGAGUCCUCCGCCUUCGUCCCGCGCCACAACCCCAACCUCAGCGAGCUCCGCGUCCUCGCGCUCGGCGGCAUCCACUCCGCCGCCCUGACCGCCUCCGGGGAAGUCUUCACCUGGGGUUAUGGUGGAUUUGGUGCUUUGGGGCAUUAUGUUUACCAUAGGGAAUUGUUGCCAAGGAAAGUGAAUGGUCCUUGGGAAGGGAAGAUAUCACACAUUGCUACCAGUGGAGCACAUACUGCGGCAAUCACUGACUCAGGUGAGCUCUACACUUGGGGUCGUGAUGAAGGCGAUGGUAGGUUGGGGCUUGGAAGUGGAGGUGGUCCUGGUGAAGCUGGAUCUCUCAGUGUUCCUUCCAAGGUGAACGCUCUGCCUGUUUCAGUUGCUGCUGUGGCUUGUGGUGGUUUUUUCACUAUGGCUCUGACUUCAGAUGGUCAGCUAUGGAGUUGGGGAGCAAAUUCAAACUUCGAAUUGGGUAGAGGGAGCAAUUCCAGUGACUGGAGGCCACAGCUUAUCCCUAGCCUGAAAAAUCUCCAUGUAAUCCAAGUAGCAUGUGGUGGAUAUCAUUCUUUAGCCCUGACUGAUGAAGGUGUCGUUCUCUCAUGGGGACAUGGUGGACACGGCCAACUUGGGCAUCCAACCCUUCAGAAUCAUAGAGUCCCACUAGCUAUCAAAGCUUUGUCUGAAGAACGAAUUGUCUAUAUAGCCUGUGGAGGUUCGACUUCUGCUGCAAUAUCAGAGAAAGGUGACUUGUACAUGUGGGGAAAUGCAAGAGAUUGCCAGUUAGGUGUCCCUGGUUUGCCAGAAAUUCAGCCGCUACCGGUUAAAGUUAAUUUUCUCACAGACGGUGAUGAGGAUUUGGGCCCUCAUCGUGUCAUUUCUGUUGCAAUAGGAGCCUCGCAUGCCAUGUGUUUAGUCUCCAGGCAACAAAAUGAGAAAUAAUGCUUCUGUGUUUCCAGUUUGUAAAGGAGCUCGAGUUUGGACAUUCUAACCUGUGAGUUCAUUCUGGUUCAUGUUCUACUGGUUAGAGCCUUCUGACCCAGUUGUUGGAAAUUGGAGAGUCUUGAUCAGCAAAGUUCAGCAUCAGCAAGAAACAAUAAAAGUCCUGCUCUGAUAAACAAGAAAAGGCCAUGUGCGUGGAUUAGGUCCGGCUGAGCACAAGCAUGUCUUAAUUUCGUAAAUUUGAGUACUGAAAUAUUUUUUGAAUACUGUGACACGAAGGAUGAGACUGUGUACUCAUAGUUGCUGAUCUCGAAUUUGUAGAUGCUCUGCUGCUGUAGUUAAAGAGUUGAGCUGACCAAAAUUUUGUAGUUUCUGGGUCUUACUAUAACUUUGCUCAGGAAACCUGAUUUCAGUUGCUGCUCAAUAACCGAGCAAAUGUUUUAUGCUUCUCUUUCUAGUCACUGAAUUAUUACGCGUUAUCAUUUCUUUCAAGCCUUCGAGGCGGUGUAAUGUGGUUUCAAAGGGGAAAUUUUGAGCUCCAUUUCUAAGCAGAACAAUCAUCGUUUGCGCUAAAAAGUUUCUCUGAACUGCACUUUUACUGUCGCCAGAAACUGCACUUUUACUGCCAACAUUUUUUCUCUCGUCUUGCUUGGUGUUCAUCCAGCGUAGCUUAGCUGAAUCUGUGAAGUGCAGAAGCUGAUCGCAAGUCGACCAACCUGAAAGCUGUGAAAAUCUUGCCGAUGACAUGACGGCCAAAUUCUAUUGCCAUUUGGGCUGCAAAGACUUUUUUUUUUCUGGGAAAGGAGAAAAGCUCGAAAAAGGAAAGGGGAAGAGAUAAGAUAAGGGAGGGACGAACAGUGGGAAGCAGGCAUCUUGGCUCAUUCCUCGUCGUCUCCCGCCGCCUUCUCCAUCGACAAGCCCAGGAGAAGGGUUUUUGUGUUUCUUGAUCCACUCCCGCAAGGAUUCACGGCCUCUCAGGUACUGUUAUGGCAGAAAGGGAGCUAAUCGACAAGGAUAAACUUAUACUUAGAGGUUUGCAGUUCCAUGGUUUCCAUGGAGUGAAACAAGAAGAGAAGACUCUGGGCCAAAAGUUUGUUGUGGAUGUUGAUGCGUGGAUGGAUUUGAGUGCUGCUGGGGAAACUGACAGCAUAUCUGAUACAGUUAGCUACACAGAUAUUUACAGGAUUGCCAAGGAUGUUGUUGAAGGCCCAUCGCGGAACCUUUUGGAGGCAGUAGCUCAUCGCAUCGCGAGUGCCACAUUGCUGAAAUUCCCUCAAAUCUCAGCCGUCAGAGUGAAAGUUGGGAAACCUCAUGUUGCGGUACAAGGAAUCGUCGAUUAUUUAGGCGUUGAGAUAUUGAGGUACAGAAAAGACGUAGGAGGCGAUCGUCAGGAGCUUCAUUGAGCCUGCUUUGUGCUGAGGAUGGCGUUACCUUACUACUCAACAAUGCAUUUUUUGCAGCCGUUUGUACCUCAAUAAUUUCAAUGGAAUGUUGACCUCAUGAGCUGUUCCCUUAAAAAGGGGUGAAGUUUUAUAUUGGGGUUGAAGUAGGUACCAUGUUGUGUUGCUUGUCCAAAACUUUGGCAAACUUUGCUUACAGUGACUUAAAAUUGUCAGGUUAAA